AUGGCAGCUAGGAUGGGAGUACUGUCAACUAAAUGGAAGGCUCACUGGUUGUCUCUUAGGCAUCUCCGCUUUGAUGAAGCUUUCUGGGAUGAAGUCGGAGAGGAUAAAGGCAGCAGUAUUGUUAGCAAUAUACUCUUCCAUCACAAAGGCCCUUUACAAAAGUUCUCUCUUUUUAUUCCACCGUAUAGUAUCAAUCUCAGUCAAUGGUUAUCCUUUGUUUCGAGAACUGGUGUCAAAAAUAUAUUUCUUUUUAAUUGGUAUGAUGACGACCUUGUCCUACCUUCACAUAUUUUCGAAUGCAAAGAGUUAAUGAAAUUGAAACUCAGGCGUUUUGUUUUGAAUCAUCUACCUCGUGACUUCAAGGGCUUUGCUAAUCUUCGGAGUCUUGAGCUAUACUAUAUUGAAUGCAAUCUUGAUGAUUUUGGGAGUUUGAUCUCAAAUUGUCCCAGGCUUACUCUAUUAAGACUUGAGAAUUACAUUGGCUUGGGUCAUUUUAUCAUUGAUGUACCCAGUCUUGAAAGCUUAGUUAUCAAACACGUAUUUUGUUAUAUAAGUUUCAUAAAUGUUGUACGUCUUACCAACAUCUCACUGGAUUUAGACAAUUUUGAAAAUCCUCAAGACAAUGCAAUAGUAUAUGACUCCUUUCAAUAUUGUGUUGCUUACUUAUAUUUCAAUCUCAUAUGCUUUUUUCGUUUGUCAUGCAAGUUCUUGGAUGCAGGGGCUGUUGUAAAAUGGUUUCCUCUAGCAUUUAACCACAUGAGUAAGCUUUGUUUGUCAGAACUAAAGUUGGGCCGUGCAGAUGUUUAUCAUUUUGUCUUUCACAUGGUUCAGAGCUGUCCUUUUAUCAAGGAACUUAAAAUUUCAUUCUGGCCAGACAAGGCAGUUAUAAAUGCUGUUCAGCAAGAACAUGAUUGUGAUGGCAACUACAAGUUGGCCCAUCUUCUGAAGGUGAAAAUUACGGAGAUUACAGGAUCACUAGCAGAGCUGAAAUUCAUAGAGUACGUGCUUGCUAUCUCAGUCGUGCUUGAGAAAUUCUUCUUCAACUUUAUAGACAGUCGAAAUUUUCGUGGUGCUAAUUCAGAGGUUCAGGUGUUACGGGAUCUGUUGCAACUCCCUAGAGCAUCACCAAAGGCGCAACUUGUUUGGUUGAAGUAAUAGACGAUCUAGGAACGGGUUUCUUUGUGAUGUUGGUAACAAGCAUUUGUUGUUUUUUCUAGCAAUUUUUUUUCUUGUACGGAAAAACUUAUGUUGUGUCAUCAUUAUAGUUUUAUUGGAAGAUUUGGAACAAUAGCAUAAUAGAUCUUCAUGGAUUGAAUGGUUGUUAAAAAUUAUUUCAGGGUGGCA